AUGUUACAAUCAUUUAUUCGAACAAGAACAAGAUACAUUUUAUCAAUACGUAAUCCCAUUCAAUUGGUUCAAAUAAAAACACUAACGUAUCAGAAACGUAUACAAUCAUAUUAUGAUGAUGGUAUCAAUUUAAAACAACAAUCGAUUGAAAUUAAUCCUAUCGAACGUAUUCGUCGAUGUUCACUUCAUAAAGAUGAUGAUAUUUGGACAUUAUAUAAAACAAUGUGUCCGGAUGUUCGGACAUUAGGUGAUGCUUUAGAUGAAGGUUGUAGGGUCUCGAACAAUGGGCCAUGUAUAGGAACUAUUCAAACAUCGAAUGGUGUUCCUUCUUUACAAUGGUUUUCUUAUUCGACAGUGAUUGAACGAAGUCAGUCUAUUGGUACAUAUCUAUGGACAAGAACGGAACUUAUACCAUCAAAAUCUAAAGUGGCUAUUCUAUCAUCCAAUCGAGCGGAGUAUUUAUUCUGUGAACAAGGUUGUUAUAUGUAUGGAUUUAUCGUUGUUAGUAUUUAUACUACAUAUGAUGAUGUAGCUAUUCAGAAUAUUUUACAGCGAACUGAAGCUGAAGUACUUAUUGUUGAUAAUUUGGCACGUAUUCAAUCCAUUAGAGAUAAAUUGUUGAAUAAUAAUCAAAUAAAAGAAAUAAUUGUUAUGGAUGAUAUAAUCUAUGAUGCUAUAAAUGAAAAAAGUAAAAUUCGAUCGGUAUCAUCAAUAUUCAAAACAGUGAAACCUACGGAUAGAAAUGAAAGACCAAUGAUUGCUCCGAAUGAUACUGCAACGUUCAUCUUAACAAGUGGAACAACAGGUGAUCCAAAAAUUGCAAUGCUAUCUCAUGAGAAUCUAUUAGCAGCAACAAAAGGUAAUCUUAUUCGUCUAUAUCAAGCGAAUAUAAAGAAACCAGUAACUGAUCGACAUUGUUCAUUUUUACCAAUGGCUCAUAUAUUUGAAAGAUUUGUCAUUUUACAAAUUCUUCUCAAAGGCACAGAAGUGAUAUUUUGUCCAACACCAGAAAAACUCAUCGAAUACUUCUCGAUCGUUAAACCUACUCAAGCAUCUGUGGUUCCUCGUAUUCUUAAUAAAGUUUAUGAUGCAAUUAUGAGUGAUAUGAAGAAAAGUAAACUAAAACAUUUUCUUGUUCAACAAGCUUUACACGAACAAUUACCGUUUCUUUCACGUUUUAUUUUUCAAAAAGUAAGAAAUCUCUUUGGUGGUGAGCUUAAAGCAAUGAUUACUGGAUCGGCACCAAUUAAAUCCGAUGUCAUGCAUUUUUUCCGUAUUGCACUCGAUAUACCUAUUAUAGAAGGAUAUGGACAAACUGAAUCCUGUGCUGCUGGUGCAACAACACAUCCAGUCGAUAUAUCCUAUGGAACAGUUGGUUCUCCUGGACCGAACGUUGAAAUCAAACUAAUUGAUGUACCUGAUACAAACUAUCGAAGUGAAAUGAAUCAAGGAGAAAUUUGUCUGCGAGGACCAACGAUCUUCAAAGGUAAACUGUCAAUUAAGAUAGAUAUCAUGUUGGAAAAUAUUUUGUUUUCUAUUUUGACAGGUUACUAUGGUGAUCAGGAGAAAACACGCGAAACAAUUGAUAAAGAUGGUUGGCUACAUACAGGUGAUGUAGGAGAAUGGACCAAUCAUGGAGCAUUACGAAUUAUUGAUCGAUCAAAACAUAUAUUCAAGUUAAGUCAAGGAAAAUACAUUGCACCAGAACGUCUUGAAGAUGUUUACAUUCAUUCUCCAUGGGUUGCUCAAAUCUUUAUUGAUAGUAUUUCAAGUGAAACAACAGUAGUCGCUAUAAUCGUACCAGAUGAAGAAUAUGUACGAAAAAAUUUCAAAUCAAAGAUAAUAGAUUCUGUUUCAUUCGUUGAUCUAUGCAAAGAUGAAAAUCUGAAAAAAAUGAUUUUAACCGAUAUCAUUCGAUUGGGAAAAGAACAAAAACUUCCUUAUUAUGAAAUACCAAGUAAUAUUUAUCUUCACGAUCAAUUAUUUACACAAAAGAAUGAAUUAUUAACAAUAACAUUCAAAAUACGACGAGGAAAUGCUCGAAAACAAUUUCAUCCCAUUGUUAAAUCAUUGUAUAAUACAUCUCCAAAUUACACAUAA